GCCACAUCUAAUAGGGACUCAAUGUUCAAAACCCCUGUUGGACUUCAUCCGGGAAGCAGAUAUAAUUAAAAUUCCCAAACUACCACUUUUAACAUUGGCUUCUCUAGUCAUCACUCAUCUGCUAUUAAGAAGCAAUAUACCCUUUCUCUAUAAUUCUUUUUUAAUGAUUUUCAACUCAUUUGCUUAUAAGUCUUUGAAUUGACAUUAUUGUUUUCCCUUGAUAUCUUAGGAUUAUAGCAGGAAUUCGGUAAGAUGUUUCGAAGGUUGUCCACGCUGAUGAAUUUGAGUACAAGGAUCCUGUUGAUGGCUCCAUCUCAAGUCAUCAGGGUGUCCGAUAUCUCUUUGAAGAUGGGUCGCGAUUGGUUUUCCGUCUCUCUGGAACUGGAUCUGAGGGUGCGACCAUCCGUCUCUACAUUGAGCAAUAUGAGAUUGGUUCAUCCAAGACCGGAAGAGAAUCCCACGACGCACUUUCCCCUCUGGUGGAUGUUGCUCUCAAGCUGUCUAAGAUGGAGGAAUUCACUGGCCGAUCAGCUCCAACUGUUAUAACAUAAGAUCUUAUCAGCUCUUAAGUGCGAGUGUGUUUUUUUGUAUAUCCUAAACAAAUACUCCAUAUAAUAACGCGACCACCGUUCCUUUUGUCUAAUAAUACAGCAUGUAUAAACUACACAUGCAGAUUUGAGGUUGUGAUUCUGUCAUGUUGUAUGAUUUGUUUGCGUAUUACGAUUUGAGAAUCAAUAAGCAUUUGUCAGUUCU